CCUGAUACUCAAGAGGUUACACAACAAAAUGUUGACAACAAUCCGAACAUGGCAACCGAAAAUAGCCAAUCAACAGAUGAACGUAACCGUGAAGAUGCAAAUUUACAACAUGUCAUACCUACAGAAAAUGUUGUUGCUGCUAAUUUGCCUACCCAGAACUCGGUUAGCGAAGAUGGUGAAUCAACAGUUGAACGUGUUCGUGACGGUGCAAAUUUACAAAAUGCCAUACUAACAGAAAAUGUUGGUGCUGCUGAUUUGCGUAUUCAGACAGUUGACAGCCAAUCAGUUGAACGUGCAAAUUCACAAAAUGCCAUUUCAACAUUUGAUGUUGUUGCUGCUGAUUGCUCUACUCAAAACUUUGCGGUCGGAAAUGAACCAACAGCUCAAUGUGUUGGUGCAAGUUCUCAAAAUGAAUCCAUCGAUGCUGACCAUUCCAAUGAAAAUAUGGAGGUAAAGCCAAGUGUUGUACCAAUGUACGAAGUCCACAGAGCCAAUGAAGAUGCCAUUCUUGAUCAAUUGGAAGAUCGAGUAGUCGAGAUUAUCGACGACAUGGAAAUAACAACAACUUCAAAGGGAUUUGGCAAACCGCUCAACACCACGAUCGAUGGUUUAAUUAAACAAGAAGAGUCAGACGAAAUUUCUUGUGACAUUCCAUUUUUGAAUACGAAAACUGGACGUGUGUACAAAAUUGGAAAAAGGCUUAUGGAAAUACCUCACGUGGUAUUUUCAAGAUUUAUCACAUGGAACAAACCACCAUUCGAUACUGACUUGUCGUGUGAUAAACGUUUUGUUUUUGCUCUAAUUCUUGCCCUAACUGAAGAAGAGAAGCUGGUGAAUGAUGAUAUCCCUGAAGAAGUCAUGCAAUUUGUUAAAGAUCUACUGACAAUCCGAUGCCGAAAUGAAAUGGACCGUAUCGUCGUAAUCCAUGAAUACGCAAAAGAAGUAUGUGCCAGUAAGCGUACCGGUGCAUGAAUGGCC